GAAGAAGAAGAAGACGAGAACGCGGAAGAGGCUGUCAAACACGGUGAGCACAUCUAACGUGUGCUUUAGGUGAGGCUGGACAGGGCGUCGUCUAGAAAGUUCGAGAGAGAUUCAGCUCUGAAGGAGAAGCGGGUGCGCGUGUGAGCAGUUUGUCCACCGAAGAGAAACAUAUCCGACGUUAAACAUGUCUGUUAUUUCGGAGGGGAAUGUGCGAGGCGAGAGCCUCUUCAAGGAUAUUAGCGCCGACGGGGAGGACUGGCAGCCGACUGAGAUCGAGAGUCUGUGUAUGAACUGCUACCAGAACGGUAUGACACGUUUACUUCUGACCAAAAUACCCUUCUUCAAAGAAAUCAUCGUGAGCUCCUUCAGCUGUGCCAACUGCGGCUGGUCCAACACUGAGAUCCAGUCAGCGGGCCGGAUCCAGGACCAGGGGGUCUGUUACACUCUGAAAGUCAAAACAAAACAAGACUUGAACAGAGAGGUUGUGAAAGCAGACAGUGCGACUACCAGGAUCCCAGAGCUGGAUUUUGAAAUCCCUCCAUACACCCAGAAAGGUGCUCUCUCCACCGUGGAGGGCCUGUUAGACCGAGCAGUCGCAGGGCUGGAGCAGGACCAACCUGCCAGGCGGGCAGCAGACCCAGAGGUGGCUGACAAGAUAGAGGAGUUCAUCCAGAAGCUGAAGAAGUUAAAAGAGGUGGAAAAUGAAUUCACUCUGGUGAUCGAGGAUCCAUCUGGCAACAGCUUUGUGGAAAACCCAUCCGCCCCUCAGAAGGACGAGGCUCUCACUGUGUCCAUGUUCAAGCGGACAGUCCAGCAGGACAUCAAGCUGGGGCUGAGGGCUGACGAUGACCUUGAAGAGGAACCGGCUGGCAACGACAAAGAGGACCUGAGAGAUGAGGUUUUGUCCUUCAGCACCAACUGUCCCGAAUGCAACGCGCCGGCCUCCACCAACAUGAAGCUCGUCCAGAUCCCUCACUUCAAGGAGGUCAUCAUCAUGGCCACCAACUGCGACAGCUGUGGCCACCGGACCAACGAGGUGAAGUCAGGUGGAGCCACGGAGGAGAAGGGCACCAAAAUCACCCUGCACGUCACCGACCCUUCAGACAUGACGCGGGACGUGCUGAAGUCCGAGACGUGCGCCGUCCUCAUCCCUGAGCUGAACUUUGAGCUGGGGAUGGCUGCUGUGGGUGGGAAGUUCACUACUCUGGAGGGUCUGCUGAAAGACAUCAAAGACCUGAUCGUCUCCAAAAACCCCUUCAUCUGCGGCGACAGCGGCACCUCAGAUCGGGUGGAGAAGCUGAAGGCGUUUGGGGAGAAGAUCGACAAGAUUGUAGCUGGGGAGUUGGAUGUCCACUUCGUCCUGGACGACCCGGCAGGGAACAGCUAUUUGCAGAAUGUCUACGCUCCGGAUCCUGAUCCUGAGAUGACCACUGAGAAGUACACCCGCACGUUCCAGCAGAAUGAAGAUCUCGGCCUGAACGACAUGAAGACUGAGGGGUAUCUGGAGGAACAGUGACCUGCCAGCGUCCCCUGAGAGGACUGAACGGGCUGACAAUGGACUUAAUGUCAUGUCAAAAACCCAGUUUCAUUAUAUCGCUCCAUAUUUUCUUCUAUUUUCAUACAUUUUUAUUUCAACACUGGGUGAAGGGUUGUUUUCAUCAGUAUAUUAAUCAGGGAGAGGAGCUCUAAGUUGUCUAAACGUACAGGGAAAAUAAACAGACAAACAUUAUUUGUAAAACACAUUGAUGUUGCAGUUAUUAAAGAUGAAAUCCUAUAACUGGU